AUGCGCGUCCUCGCCCUCGCGCGUCGCGCGCGCGAGAGCCAACGGGGCGUCGCGAACGCGCUGACGCGAUCGUCCAUCGCUCGGACGGCGGAUUAUUCCACCGCGCCCGCGGUUUUCGUCGAUGGAAACACGCGCGUGAUCGUGCAGGGAUUCACUGGAAAGAACGGAACGUUCCACAGCGAACAGGCGAUCGCGUACGGGACCAAGGUCGUGGGAGGCGUGACGCCGAAGAAGGGCGGGACGACCCACCUCGGGCUGCCGGUGUUCGACACCGUGCGAGAGGCGGUGGUGGAGACGAAGGCGAACGCGUCGGUGAUUUACGUCCCACCGCCGUUCGCGGCGAAGGCGAUCAUGGAGGCCGUCGAGGCCGAGAUCGAUCUCGUCGUGUGCAUCACGGAGGGCGUACCGCAACACGACAUGGUGCGCGUGAAGCGCGCGCUCAUGAGUCAAAGUAAGACGAGACUCAUCGGACCGAACUGCCCAGGGAUCAUCAAGCCCGGAGAGUGCAAGAUCGGCAUCAUGCCAGGGUACAUUCACAAGCCGGGACGCAUCGGCGUCGUCUCGCGUUCGGGGACGUUGACGUACGAGGCUGUUUAUCAGACAACUGUAACCGGCUUGGGGCAGUCGACGUGCGUCGGCAUCGGCGGAGAUCCUUUCAACGGCACCAACUUUGUAGAUUGUCUCGAAAAGUUCGUCAAAGAUCCACAAACCGAAGGAAUCAUCAUGAUCGGUGAGAUUGGAGGUACCGCCGAGGAAGAGGCUGCGGAAUUUAUCAGAGCGAGCGGAACCGAUAAGCCCAUCGUCUCGUUCAUCGCCGGCUUGACCGCUCCGCCUGGAAGACGCAUGGGACACGCUGGGGCCAUCAUCUCCGGCGGCAAGGGCGGCGCGAGCGAUAAAAUCGCCGCCCUCGAGGCUGCGGGCGUGCGCGUCGUAAAGUCUCCGGCGAAGAUGGGUCAGGCAAUGUAUGACAUGUUUGCCGAGCGGAAAAUGCUGUAG